AUGGUGAAGAUUUGCUGUAUUGGUGCUGGAUAUGUUGGUGGUCCAACCAUGGCAGUCAUUGCACUUAAAUGUCCAUCCAUUGAAGUGGCUGUUGUCGACAUAUCUGUAUCCCGCAUCACAGCCUGGAACAGCGAUCAGCUUCCAAUCUAUGAACCCGGUCUUGACGAUGUUGUAAAGCAGUGUCGUGGCAAGAAUCUCUUCUUCAGCACUGAUGUUGAAAAGCAUGUCUUUGAGGCUGACAUAGUGUUUGUUUCUGUUAACACCCCGACUAAAACUCAGGGUCUCGGUGCUGGCAAAGCAGCAGAUUUGACAUAUUGGGAGAGCGCGGCUCGUAUGAUUGCUGAUGUCUCAAAGUCUGACAAAAUUGUUGUUGAGAAAUCAACUGUUCCUGUCAAAACUGCUGAGGCUAUUGAGAAAAUCUUGACUCACAAUAGCAAGGGAAUCAAAUUCCAGAUUCUAUCAAACCCGGAAUUCCUUGCUGAGGGAACCGCAAUCAAAGAUCUUUUUAAUCCAGACCGUGUUCUUAUUGGAGGCAGGGAAACCCCCGAAGGCUUUACAGCUGUUCAAACUUUGAAGAGUGUUUAUGCUCAUUGGGUUCCCGAGGAGAGAAUACUAACCACAAAUCUCUGGUCUGCCGAGCUAUCUAAGCUUGCUGCUAAUGCCUUUUUGGCUCAGAGGAUUUCAUCAGUUAAUGCAAUGUCAGCACUUUGCGAAGCCACCGGUGCAAACAUUCAACAGGUGGCCUAUUCCGUCGGCACUGACUCAAGGAUCGGACCCAAGUUCCUUAACGCUAGUGUCGGUUUCGGUGGUUCCUGCUUCCAGAAGGAUAUCUUGAACCUUGUUUACAUCUGCGAGUGCAACGGUCUUCCAGAGGUUGCAGAGUACUGGAAACAAGUUAUCAAGAUUAACGAUUACCAGAAGAGUCGUUUUGUGAACCGCGUAGUCGCGUCUAUGUUCAACACUGUUUCAAACAAAAAGAUUGCCAUUCUCGGAUUCGCAUUCAAGAAAGAUACCGGUGACACAAGGGAAACUCCCGCCAUUGAUGUGUGCCAGGGACUACUCGGCGACAAAGCCAACCUUAGCAUAUUUGACCCGCAAGUUACCGAAGACCAAAUCCAGAGGGAUCUAUCAAUGAACAAAUUCGAUUGGGACCAUCCAAUCCACUUGCAGCCAACAAGUCCAACAACUGUGAAGAAAGUGAGUGUGGUUUGGGAUGCGUACGAAGCGACAAAAGAUGCACAUGGUAUCUGCAUUCUGACUGAAUGGGAUGAGUUCAAGACACUUGAUUAUCAGAAGAUAUAUGAUAACAUGCAAAAACCAGCAUUUGUUUUUGAUGGAAGGAACAUUGUGGAUGCUGACAAGUUACGUGAGAUUGGUUUCAUUGUUUACUCAAUUGGAAAACAAUUGGAUGCAUGGCUCAAGGAUAUGCCAGCUGUGGCAUAA